AGCGUACAUCCUUCGAAUAUCAAAACAAUCAAUCUAUCAAUAUCUUAUGUAAACAAAACACCCACUAAAAAUCCAACUAAAGAAUUGAAAAUCAAUGGAUAAUUUAAGUCUACAAAAAGAGGAGCUUUCUUCUGUUGAAAGUAUCUUUAAUGUUUAUGAAAAAAAUUUAACUUUCGAAGAUAAAAUACCAAUUUGUGGCCAUUUUAAAGCUAAUGUUUGGUUACCCACCCCUUUCUAUGUUACAUAUGAUACUGAAAAUAUUCCAGCCUCCGAAAUCGGUGCUGCGAUUUCAGAUACAAAUAAUUCCAGAGCUGAAACAUUUAAAGUGGAAAAUCUGCCACCUAUUAAUUUGUUCUUCGAAUUUCCUGAUUCCUAUCCUUCAGAGACAUGCCCAGCAUUUUUGCUGUCCUGUAAUUGGUUAUCUCUUCCUCAAAUAUCUAAACUGUGUAAACAUCUAGAAUCGUUAUGGGACAAAGAUAUGCCGGUGUUGUAUUCAUGGUGUCAAUUUCUUGAAAGUGAAGUGACUGAAUUUUUUAAAUUUGAUCACUGUCUUGAUGUCUCAGAAAUACUGUCUCAUAAAGGUGGCUGUAACUUUCAGAAUUCUAAAAAUUCUGUAACUGAAUGUAAAGAAUCAAACAAUACCAUGUCUAAGGAUUCUUUUAUGGCCUUUAAACCAUCCAUUUCUGGGGGUGAUGGCUUAAUUGAUGUAAGAGCUAUUAAUGAUAUGGCAGAUGGUAGGUCUUUGAUCAAUUCAUUAAAAGCAUAUGAUAACUAUAAAAUUGCUGAUAUUUUCAAAAAGAAAUUCCAUGAAUGUGAUAUUUGCAUGACUACGAAGUUAGGGGCAGAUUUUGCAACAUUUAAACUGUGUAAACAUUCUUUUUGCAAAGAGUGUCUAAAAGAGUUCUUCGAAGUUCAUAUUCGUGAAGGAAAUGUGAAUUGCUUGAACUGUCCAAGAGAGAAAUGUAAUUCUCAAGCUGAUGGGACUAUGGUUCAACAAAUUGUUGACAAAGAUUUAUUUGAAAGGUAUGAUGAUAUAUUAUUGUCCCGAACUUUGGAAACUAUGGCAGAUAUUGGUUAUUGUCCUCGCAUAUCCUGUCAAUCUGCUGUACUUAUUGAUAUGAAUGACCGAAUUGGAAGAUGUCCUCAAUGUAUUUUUGCAUUUUGCCCCAAUUGCAAAAUGGCUUAUCAUGGUGUUGAACCUUGCAUUUUAAGAUCAGAACAAAGGAAAGCAAUAUAUGAGCAAUACAUCAGCGGUGAUUCAGAAAUGAAGGAACAACUGGAAAAAAGGCAUGGAAAAAGAGCUAUUCAAGCUUUAGUUAAAGCUUUUGAUGAAGAUUCAUUAUCAGAAGCUUGGAAGAUUGCUAACAGUAAAAGUUGUCCUUUUUGUAAAGCCAGCAUUGAGAAAAGUGAUGGAUGUAAUAAAAUGACGUGUUUCAAAUGUGCUACCUUUUUCUGUUGGAAGUGUAUGAAAAUAUUAGAACCAGGCAAUCCUUACUUCCAUUUUAAUGCUUUAAAUGCUAGGUGCAAUCUUUAUCCAGAGGAUGAGUUAUAUAAUCAAUUUGAAUUAGAACCUGGAGAAUUUUAAAAUUUUUUUAAAAAGUUGUUCUAUAUUUCAUAUUACAAACUACCUACUGAUUAGCUUGUAAUCUAAUUUUAAUAUGUAUUAUAGGGGUGAACAACCUGCUGGAAAAGGUUAUAAUUUUAAUAAGCUUUAACCUUUAAUAAGCCUUUUUAAUAAACUUAAAAAAAAAACAAGUAAAAUAUUUAAAGGUACAGGAUAAAGAUGUCAAGUUUUUAU